AACAAUGAAAACCAUGCUGGUCUGUGUCUGGCUGGUCAGCAGUCUGAAUCACAUGAUCUCAGGCUGUGUUCUGUCUGAUUCUAAACCCAUAGACAUCACUGGGUUCACAGGAGACUCAGUCGUCCUGCCCUGUGCCUGUACUGAUGUGCAGAGGAAACCGGAAAAGAUCCAAUGGAUUGUACGCCCAGGAGGUCAAAGCACUGUUAUAUUUUCACAAAAUCCUCCCAGUGUCAACGAUCGCUACAAACACAGAGUGCAGGUGUUGGACUCCAUUUCUCCUGGAAACCUGUCUCUACGUCUCUCAGAUCUCACUCUGUCAGAUGAGGGAGAUUACAGGUGUGAAGCAGAUGGGCACUACAGAGACAUCAGACUCACAGUGAAAGCAGGCGCUGUUCUGCCUGAUUCUGAACCCAUACAUAUCACCGGACUCACAGGAGACUCAGUCGUCCUGCCCUGUGCCUGUACUGAUGUGCAGAGGAAACCUGAACGGGUCAAAUGGACUGCACAUCCUGGAGGCCAAAGCACUGUUAUAUUUCCACAAAGUCCUCCCAGUGUCAACGAUCGCUACAAACACAGAGUGCAGGUGUUGGACUCCGGAUCCCCUGGAAACCUGUCUCUCCGUCUCUCAGAUCUCACUCUGUCAGAUGAGGGUACAUACAGGUGUGAAGCAGAUGGACAACACAGAGACAUCAGACUCACAGUGAAAGAAGGCUGUGUUCUGUCUGAUUCUGAACCCAUACACAUCACUGGGCUCCCAGGAGACUCAUUCGUCCUGCCCUGUACCUGUACUGAUGUGCAGAGGAAACCUGAACGGGUCAAAUGGACUGCACAUCCUGGAGGCCAAAGCACUGUUAUAUUUCCACAAAGUCCUCCCAGUGUCAACGAUCGCUACAAACACAGAGUGCAGGUGUUGGACUCCGGAUCCCCUGGAAACCUGUCUCUCCGUCUCUCAGAUCUCACUCUGUCAGAUGAGGGUACAUACAGGUGUGAAGCAGAUGGACAACACAGAGACAUCAGACUCACAGUGAAAGAAGGCUGUGUUCUGUCUGAUUCUGAACCCAUACACAUCACUGGGUUCACAGGAGACUCAGUCGUCCUGCCCUGUACCUGUACUGAUGUGCAGAGGAAACCUGAACGGGUCAAAUGGACUGCACAUCCUGGAGGCCAAAGCACUGUUAUAUUUCCACAAAGUCCUCCCAGUGUCAACGAUCGCUACAAACACAGAGUGCAGGUGUUGCACUCCAUUUCCCUUGGAAACCUGUCUCUCCAUCUCUCAGAUCUCACUCUGUCAGAUGAGGGUACAUACAGGUGUGAAGCAGAUGGACAACAGAGAGACAUCAGUCUCACAGUGAAAGAAGGCUGUGUUCUGUCUGAUUCUGAACCCAUACACAUCACUGGGCUUCCAGGAGACUCAGUCGUCCUGCCCUGUGCCUGUACUGAUGUGCAGAAGAAACCGGAACAGGUCAAAUGGACUGCACACAAAGGAGGCCAAAGCACUGUUAUAUUUCCUCCGAGUGUCAACGAUAGCUACAAACACAGAGUGCAGGUGUUGGACUCCAUUUCCCUUGGAAACCUGUCUCUCCGUCUCUCAGAUCUCACUCUGUCAGAUGAGGGUACAUACAGGUGUGAAGCAGAUGGACAACACAGAGACAUCAGACUCACAGUGAAAGGGUGUGUUCUGUCUGGUUCUAAACCCAUAGACAUCACUGGGUUCACAGGAGGCUCAGUCGUCCUGCCCUGUGCCUGUACUGAUGUGCAGAGGAAACCUGAACGGUUCAGAUGGACUGCACAUCCUGGAGACCAAAACACUGUUAUAUUUCCACAAAGUCCUGCCAGUGUCAACGAUCACUACAAACACAGAGUGCAGGUGUUGGACUCCAUUUCCCCUGGAAACCUGUCUCUCCGUCUCUCAGAUCUCACUCUGUCAGAUGAGGGAGAUUACAGGUGUGAAGCAGAUGGGCACUACAGAGACAUCAGUCUCACAGUGGAAGGCUGUGUUCUGUCUGAUUCUGAACCCAUACACAUCACUGGGUUCACAGGAGGCUCAGUCGUCCUGCCCUGUGCCUGUACUGAUGUGCAGAGCAAACCUGAACGGGUCAGAUGGACUGCACACACAGGAGGCCAAAGCACUGUUAUAUUUCCUCCCAGUGUCAAGGAUCGCUACAACGACAGAGUGCAGGUGUUGGACUCAGUUUCCCCCGGAAACCUGUCUCUCCGUCUCUCAGAUCUCACUCUGUCAGAUGGGGGACCAUACAGGUGUGAAGCAGAUGGGAAUUACAGGGACAUCAAACUAACAGUGAAAGAAGGCUGUGUUCUGUCUGAUUCUGAACCUAUACACAUCACUGGGUUCACAGGAGACUCAGUCGUCCUGCCCUGUGCCUGUAUUGAUGUGCAGAGGAAACCCAAACAGACAUCAGCAUAGCGUUAAGAUAAGAGCAUGAACCCUGAGCCGACCAGAGGAGGAUGGGUUUCCCCCUUGAGCCUGGUUCCUUCCGAAGUAUCUGCCACAGGGAG